GGACAGGCACAUGUUCCCCUGCCUCUCACGUUUCCUCUCACUCUGCUCUCCGCUGUUCAAACCUCCGAGAGGGAAACAAGACGAGACAGUCCCAGCCUGCGCUCCUCUCUCUCCCCCUCUCUCUCUCUCCACGCUGCAAGCGGACAGAUCACUCUCUGCUGCCCCGCAUUAAGUUCUGGAAAAUAUCCUGCGGAGCCACGUAAACGCCGUUUGUUUCAUUAUAUAAUCAGCGAGAGACAAAACUGCAGCAGAGUACCAGAGCUGGUCCAAGAGAUGUCCUGCAUGCACAAUAUGAGCACCUCAACCCCCCCUUAGAGCCCUGUAACCAAUGGCAACCUCAGUCCAGACUCUUCCUCUGACCCGUGGUCCCAACAAAAACUUCUCCCGUUGCGGCAUGGGAAGUGUAGGCAGUCUAGUGGAGAGGCCAGAUGUGUCUCCAACUAAAGGCAGCCGUGCAGUGCCCCAGGUGAGACCCAAACAGACCAACGGCCUCCUGAAGAAAGGCUUCAACCAAAGAGAGCUACUCAACUACCUCAACAUCACCAGAAGAGAGCCUAAAGCUAGUCCAAGCUGUGACAGCAAGAAGGACAUUAUCUCUGGCCUCAGCUCUGCCAGUGCCCGUGAGGAGGACAACUUAUACGCCAAGGUCUACCAUAAAGACGGCACCGAGGUGGAUUUGACCAAAAACUCACUGCCAAGUGGGGGCAAGUACGAAAAGGCUCGUUUUAGGUCUUCUGCCUUCAAGCCUGUCACCCCCAAAAAUUUUAGCUCCAUGCAGAACCUCUACCCGUCUUCCAAGUCAGAAAACGUGGACCAUGGCGUUUCCAAUGGGCUGCACAGAGCCUACGCCCAUGUCCCUAAAGCUGUCUCCACCUCUUCCUCCUCUUCCUCACCCUCCCGUCAAGGAGGACCGACAUCCAGUGGUAACAAGGGCCACUCCUCUGUGCGUGGGAUGAGCCAGGAGGAUGAUAACCUGUCAGACUCGGGCCAUAACUCCAUGAGCAGUCUGCCACCAUACCGGCCUCCCUUCCGCCCACACCUGGCUCACAUCAGUGCAUCUAUGGGCCACAUCAACACCAUCGGCUCCCUCGAACGCACUUCUCUAGGCCCAAAGGCUGCAGGGUCAGGGGGCGUGGCCAUAGGGGAGAUGGCGUGUCGGAGCAUGGCGACCCUGAGCCGUCUGACUCCAUAUGGAGGGGAGGCCCCACCUCCUUAUGAAUGGACCCUCUCCCUGUCUGUUGAGGAAGUGGUCCGGGAUCUGGAGGAGCGCCUGGUGGAGAAAGAACAUGAGCUGAAACAAAUGAAAAGAAACCUGGAUGAGAGUGAGGGUGCUAUCGCACAGGUGUUUGAAGGGAAACAGCGCCUGUGGGAGAAGGAGGUGGAAGAGCUGAAACGCCUGUAUGCCGCCAAGCUACGUCAGGUUUCCCAGCACGCCCAGCGUUCACAUCGCAGCCUGCAGUUGCAGCUGUUCAAAGCCCAGCAGGAGAAGAACCGACUGCAAGAGGAGCUUGACGGCCUGAAAAGAGAACAGAGCCAGGAAGCUGGGGCCACGGUAAAGCGAACCAGUCCAACUCUGGAGGAGACGCAGUGGGAGGUUUGCCAGAAGUCAGGGGAGAUCUCCUUGUUGAAGCAGCAGCUCAGGGACUCCCAGGCGGAGGUGACCCAGAAGCUGAGUGAGCUCUUCCAGCUGAAGACGCAGCUCAGGGAGACCCGCACAGAGCUGCGCAACAGGGAGGGCCAGAUAGAUGCACUAAAGCUUGUCCUGCAGGGGACACAGCAUCGCAGAUUCCCCUCUCAGACUGCACAAGAGGAUGGGAAAGGAGCUGAAGAGAGUCCUUCAGCUGGGGCAACAGGAGGGUGCGGGGGCCCGACAGAGGAGCGUCUGCGUGCAGAGCUCCUGCUGGAGCGACGCCAGAGCGAAGCCCAGGCCACGGCUUUCGAGGAAGAGAGGCAGACAUGGCAGGCAGAAAAGAACAAGGUCAUCCGCUACCAGAAGGAGCUGCAGGCCAGCUAUUUAGAGAUGUACCACCGCAAUGAAGCACUGGAGAGGGAACUGCACCACCUGAGGGCAGGCAGAGAGCGAGGAGGAGGAGGGAGGAGGAGGAGGGAGCAGAAAAGGGACAUUGGAAAGAGAAGUGCCAGAGCUGAGCAGUGAGAGAACGGGUGAAAAACAAGAGGAGAGACCUUCCUCUGGGUUGCCGUGGAUAGGGAGAAUUGAAUCAUCUGAAAUUUGAAUGUGACUUAUUUGCAAUGCAAACUGUCUCCCUGUAGUAUGUUUUCUACGGAAGAACAUUGUCCACCACAAAAAGGAAAAAAGAUAGACUAAAAUCAGUUUCAAAAAUGUUGUCAUAGUGAGUUUUGACCUAAGUCUGAGUUCUUCAUUUUGAGUUAUUCUGCGAUAACUCAAAAUGUUGACUUUCUUAAACAAAUUUUGAGGUCAAAUGAUCUAGUUUUCUUCUUUUCCAAGCGACAAUGGGCUUCCAUAGGUUCCUGUCCAUUUGCCAUCCUCUGCCCAUGUACCCUUGUCAUUUAAUGCCCUUAUCCUGCAAAGACUGGACCAAUCAACUCCCAAAGAGCACACCAAUAUGAGGGUAGUUGCACAGAAAUACUGUCUGUGCCUCAGUGUCAAUUUAUGAAAAUACAGGCAAGCACCUAGACUGUCCUGCUUAACACUUUUGUCCAAUUGUAAACCUGUAAAUGAGCAGAUUUAUAUGCAGUGUGUCACUAUUUUGUUUUUUUAUUUGGUAAUUACUUUUUGGUUUGGACUGCUGUAGAAUCUUGACAGUAACCAAAGGAUUCAAAGGGAUUUCACGUGGCCCUGUUACAUCUCAGUAGCUGCUCAGUCUGUGCAGAAGGUUCUGUGGAUUCAGGUUUGACCUGGGCUCUGGGACGAAAGCUAUCUGGUGCCAAGGUAUUAAUGCUAUUUCUUUGCCAUCAAGAAAAAUGUGUACCCUAAUGAAGAAACUGGAAAUGUUGGACUUUUUUCUCAUUCAGUUUCCAGCAGCGAGACCUAUAUAUUUAGUACAUAUUGUAAUUUUGGUUUGAUUGGCCUUUUGUCGUUGUAUUCCAAGAACACUGUUGUCUUAAAUAGGCAUACUUCCACAUGUUCUGAUUGCAAUGGAAGCAAUCAAUAGAUUAUGCUGAACAUGACUGUCCUACCUAUUGGUGCGAUUUGUUGCACAGCCAGUAACAUCAAAUGCAUGACGUAGAUGAAGUUGUUCUUGUGUAGUUUAUUAUUAAUAUAUGAACAUUCAAAAGCCAGCUCUCAAUCGACCUUUCAACAUACUGUGACUUGUCUAUUUACUGGAAUUAAAGCUGUACAGUAUAAAUAUGUAUGUAUGUUUGUUUUGGAUUGAUAAUAAUGUAAAAGUAAUCUGGCAUUUUCUGGUGUAAGGCGGCAACCUGCAUUAUAACAGAUUUUUUUUUCCUGUGCAUUGUCUGAAUUAAACUCACCAGAAAUCA